AUGAAGAUCUUCGCCCUCACUCUUGCUGCCCUCGCUACCGCCCAGAGAAAAAAGAACAAGAACAACAAAAACAACAACUAUGCUCCAACCACUGAUGCCCCAACUGACGCUCCCGAGACCACCAUGGAUCCCUACGUCGAGCCAACCAACGCAUACGGCGGUGGAGCUGGCGGCGCUUACGGUGACCCCCACUUCAUGGUUCAGUCACCAGCCCAGGAGCCUCUUUGCUUCGACUUCAACCCAACCGAAGGCACUGACAUGAACCUCCUCGUCGACCCCGAGAGCGCUCUCGCCAUCACCGCCACUGCUAAGGCCCGCGACAACGGAAAAGUCUUCAUGAACUCCAUCCACUUCCAGUCUCCCGCUGGUGCUCACCUCGAAUUCGACAUCGAUGGCGUCCACCUCGCCGGCCUUGGUGACAGAAUCGUCAGCGACCCUCACCCACUCACUGGCGCUCAGACCUACGGAGACAUCAACUUCAUCGAAAAGUGGACCGUCGAUGGUAUCAUUGGUCAAUUCAUCCGAGAUGACUCCUACUUCAUCCAGGACAACGGAGAUGAAACUGCUCUUGUCACCUCUGGCGGUAUGUCUGUCGAAGCCACCCGAGAAAACUUCCACCACACCGACAACUGUUGGGUCAUCAACGACCAGGACAUGCUCUUCAUGAUGGCCAACUUGUAA